AUGGCUCAAGUUCCUAAAGCUUGUCAAAUUUGUGCCGAGAAUAUUCAAAUUAGGUGGAAAUGUUUGAACUGUAAAACAUUACUGUGUAAUGAGUGUGGCCAGAGACAUGUACGUGACGAGCUCUACCAUGAACAUCAGGUUGUGGACCUAGAUAAUAUUGAGAGAAUGCAAACUUACGAUUUUACAAAAUGUUCUUUCCAUCCUAAAAAUAGUGUUUCACUGUACUGCUGGGAGUGUAAACAAACUAUCUGUGUUGAUUGCCUGGGGAAAUCACACCAUGGACACACUUUGGAGACAAUAGAAGAUGCACGUGUGAGUAUGAAAAAAACACUUUGGAAUCAUCAAGCAAAAAUUAACAGUCAGCAUCUUAAUUUAUGCUACAGUGAGAAAGAAAAGAUACAGAAAGAAAUGAGGCUCCAUAAAGGAAAAUUCGAAGAUGAAAAGCAAAAAAUUCUAGAAUAUGAUUUAUACUUGAAAGAAGAAAUAUCUCACAGAACUGAACUCCUUCUAGAGGAACUUAUAGACGAAAUAAGAACAAGUGCACAUGAUAUUAAUACCAGAGCUACCAAACUUGAUUAUAGAAUUAAAAUGUUGCAUAAAACAAACUCAGCAAUUGAAAAUAAGAAAGAAAGUUUUGAUAUUCACACACUGAGGUCAGUAACCGAGCUGUCCACUAAUGUACUAAAACUUCCAGUAGACACUUUUCUUUCCACGAAAACUUUACCGUGCAGCAGCAAGCAGUUCUGUCCAGGUCAGAGCAGACAGGAACUUGAAGACGUAAUAAAACAUUUGGCGGGAUCGUUGAAAACAGUUCAACCAUACGUUCCUAGUUCUAUUGAAUUCAAAAGUAUCAACUCAUUCAGUACAGAUUUAACUUCAAUAUCAUCCAUAAAAUCUAAACAAGACGGUACAAUUCUAAUAAGCAGUAAUCAAGAUACCAAUUUUAGACAAGUGGACCUGGAACAAGAGAAAAUAUUAGAAGAAGACAAAAAUAUGAAAUUUCAUCAUUUCGCAAUCACAAAAUCUAACACGGUCCUAUUUGCCAUAGUAGAUAACAACUGCAUAAAAGAGGCGAAAAAUAAUGGGCAGACUAGUGACUUUUAUAUAUUUUCAAGUGAUAAUCCUACAACAACUACAGCCUUACAUGUGACAAAUGCUGGAUUGAUACUUGUAAGUACAAUAGAAGAAGGAGGAUUGCCUUACACAAUUACCGACACUAGUCAACGACAAGUUAUGGUUUUAUCUGAGUGUGGUGAUAUCCUGAGGAUUCAUGAGUCUGAUCCAAUUGGCCAUAGACUAUUCUUACAUCCUGACAAACUAACUUCUAAUGAUGGCGGAGAAAUCUGUGUUAUAGACAAGACCUCUCAGACAAGUGGAAUUAUAGUGAUAAUAGACUCAGAUCAUCUUCUCAAAUGGAUUUUCCAUGGAAUCAAAGAGGAAAAAUUUGAUCCAAUAGACAUUGUUACCACUCCCACCGGAAACCUUGUAAUCAGUGAGUCCCAUGGAACAUUACUUAUUAUGAACUAUGACUGUGUUAUCCUUAAAAAGCAAUCCACGAUAGAACUUGGAAUAGAAUUCCCCCAUUGUUUAGAUAUAAACAAUAAAGGGCUGCUCACUGUCACCAGUAAUAGACAAUAUUUCAAGCAUAAAGCAAAAUUAUUUUUAUUCAAAUUUUCUGGUUUCUGA